GUGGGAGGCGGAGUGGAUGCUGAUCGCUCUCUAUCUGCUGCCCUGUGCUCUCUAUCCCCCGGCGAUCAGACAGACACGGACAGGGGAUAUCUCAGGAAAGCUGGGCAGGAUGGGGAGACAGAUCAGCUGUUGAUGAAGGAAGUCUGACGUAGAUGCUGAGCCAGAGGAGAGCCCAGGGAGCAGCAGCAGUAGCAGCAGCAGCAGGAGUGGGGCUGUAGAUGCCCUCUCCACAGGUCCAGCCCCCCCCAGGCAUCUGUGGGAGAGCCGGGUCAAAGUGGAGACAGUUCCUACUCUGACUCUGACAGUCCUGUAGAGUCCAGCUCCUGCAAGGAGGAAGAGGGGGAGGACGAGGAAGACCCAACAAUGUUCUCCUCCAAAUUCCUUAGUGGGGCAAACCCCCUCAAUGCCGUGUCCUCUGCUGUAAAUAAGUUUGGUUUGUUUGGAGAUGAUGGUGAGGGGGAUAAAAAAUCACCUCCCCAGCAGGGGCAAAAGCAAUCUGGAGAACAGAAGCCAACAGCAGGCCCUGGAAAAGACCAUCAACAGCAACCACAUCCCCAUAAACCAGGCCAGUCUCCCCCUAUGCAAAAGACCCAACAACCUCCCAAGCAAGGUUCACCACAGCUACAUGGAAAUGGACAAACUGGCCCCUCAAACAAACCUGCUGGGCAACAAACAACUUCAAAGACAGGGGCUCAACCUGAAGUCCGGCCUAAAGGAGAACCCCCCAAAAACCAACCUAUACAGCAAAUUUCUCCUAAACCUGGAGCUCAACAACAGACAAGGAUGCACCAACAAAACCCUGCUAAGACUGGUGCACAAGGGUCAACAAAGGUUGGGCCUGAGGUUGGAAAACAACAGCAGGCAUCACCAAAAAUUGGGCAGCAACAGCAUGACUCGUCUAAGGCAGGACCAGAGCAGAAAGGCAUCAGGGCCACAUCCCAACAGCAGUCCUCUGAUAAGCAAGGGAGUAAGGGACCUGGUCCAACUGGCAUGACACAAGCAGGGUCUUCAUCACCUGGAACAGCCAAAGCAAGAUCUCAGUCAACAGCAGUAGCAAAGCUUUGCCCAGUGUGUAAAACAACACAACUUACAAAAGAACCAGCUAACCAUAAAACCUGUACACAGUGUAAAAUGGAUGUGUGCAGCUUGUGUGGCUUCAGCCCUCCAGACUCUGAUGUACAUGAGUGGCUUUGUCUUACCUGCCAAAUACAGAGAGCUCAAGGAUCUUCUGAACUGCCAGGACCUCCCAUGAAAAACCCCACACCUAACAAAAUUUCCGGUCCUCAAAAACAGACACCAUCAGCUGCUGAGCCUGUCAAAAAGGAAAUAUCAUCACAAGGUUCACCGCAGAAAAUCCAGUCUAAAUCAACAAAAGUGCCAGAAAAGGCAGAAGCUGCUAAAGGACCAGAGGCUCAAAAAAAAGGCACACCUGAGGCCCAGAGAGCAUCAGGGUCUCCUAGGCCACACCAAACUAGUCAGACUGAACGCAAGCAAAGCAGUGCCACCUCAGCACCGCAGCAGCAGUCAGGAGGUUUAUUUGGCUUUGGAGGUACUAAAACUGAAACUGCAAAGACAGAAGAAUCAGUGACUGGAAAGAUGUUUGGCUUUGGUUCGUCUUUUUUUAGUUCUGCAUCUAAUUUGAUAGCUUCUGCUGUUCAAGAUGACGCUAAAACAACUCCACCGGUUUCUCCUAAAAUGCAAUCUUCCAAGGAGACCAAACCGCCUUCUAUCCAAAAGUCAGAACAAGACAAGAAACAAGAACAACCUCAACAAGCAAAGGUUCAUCCAGCUGGACAGGCAAAGGCAGAAAAAUCCCUGCCAGUCACUCCAAAGACAGCAGCAACUUCCCACACUGCUCCUACUACAAGCCAAUCCACUUGUCCUCUCUGUAAAAUAGUGCUUAACAUGGGCUUGAAGGAUCCUCCCAACUACAACACAUGCACUGAAUGCAAAACCGUUGUCUGCAAUCAAUGCGGUUUUAACCCCAUGCCAAACGUUAAUGAGGGGAAGGAGUGGCUAUGUCUAAACUGCCAGGUGAAACGGGCUGCUGGAGGAAUUGAACCUCAAAUUGAUACAUCUUUGGGCAAAUCUUUCAAAAAGACUACUCCCGCACAGCCUACACCACAGAAGACUAAUGCACCAGGCUCUCCCCAGAGAAAAGUACCAACAUCAGCACCACAGCCAGCAAAGACUAAAGAACCAGACAGUCAAAAGGCAGUCAGCCCAGCUCCUGGUCAGACAGUAUCUCAGGAGAGCAAGAAGACACAACCGCAGCAGAUGAAUCAAACUGCAGGAAAGCAGGAAAGCACCACUAAAACUGCACAGCAAGAGUCCGGAGGCCUCUUUGGUUUUGGUGGUGCUAAAACUCAGCCUGAUACUGCAAAGCCUGCAGAUUCAGUGACAGGGAAAAUGUUUGGUUUUGGUUCCUCCAUUUUCAACUCUGCAUCUACUUUGAUUACCACAGCUGUUCAAGAUGAACCUAAAAGUACACCACCUGUUUCUCCCAAGAUGUCUGCUGCAAAGGAUUCUAAACCCCCCACUUCUAAAUCUCCUCUUCCAGUCAAGAAGCUGGAAGAGGCCAAAAAAACAGAAGAACUACAGAAAGCCAAGGGCUCACCACCAGUACAGCCAAAAGCAGACAAGCCAUCAUCAGAGCAACCAAAGAAAGCAUCAGCUUCACCAGUUGUUUCCAAGGCAGGCCAGUCUACCUGUCCUCUCUGUAAACUAGAACUUAAUGUGGGCUCUAAAGAUCCUCCCAACUAUAAUACUUGUACUGAGUGCAAAAACACUGUCUGCAACCAGUGUGGAUUUAAUCCUAUGCCAAAUGUUAAGGAGGUGAAGGAGUGGCUAUGUCUCAACUGUCAGAUGCAGAGAGCACUGGGAGCAUCAGAACCUCCAGGAACUCCCAUGAUGAAAAUACAGGCUUCACCAAGUAAAGUCACUGGACAAGACAGUGCCCUAAAGAUGGAAACUCUCCCAGUGGAUAAACUUCAAAAGAAAGACAAUGUGACAUCUGCUGAAUCUAAAUUAAAGGAGCCCUCUCCAUCAAGCUCACCUCAGCGGAAAGUGCAAAAGCCAGGAGAACAGCUGGCAAAGACUGAAGAUGUGAAAGGAUCUGAAAGUCAGAGGCAAGCCAGUCCAGCUUCUGGUCAGAAAAAUGCACAGCAAAGCUUGAAGACAGGUCCUCAGAAACCAACAGAUCAGAUAAAUCAACCGGGAUCUAAAAGGGGUAGUAUAGCAUCGAUACAAGGGGAAUCUGGAUCAUUCUUUGGCUUUGGCAGUUCCACAACCCAACCUGAUUCUGCAAAGACCCCUGAAUCACUUGGUGGAAAAAUGUUUGGCUUUGGUAGCUCCAUCUUCAGUUCUGCAUCAACUUUAAUAAACUCAGCUGUCCAAGAUGAAUCCAAAAAGACACCUCCAGUGUCUCCUAAGAUGUCUUCUGCAAGUGACUCCAAGUCUCCCGCUGUCAAGAAACCAGUACAGGAGAAAACAUCAGAGCAACAACAAAAAGACAAAGGUUCACCAUCAGUACAGCCAAAAGCAGACAAACCUCCUGCAGGGCCAUCCAAGACAGCACCUGCAUUGCCUGUCGUUUCUAAGACAGGCCAGUCAACUUGUCCUGUCUGUAAACUAGAACUCAAUGUGGGUUCUAAAGACCCUCCCAACUACAACACCUGUACUGAGUGCAAAAACACUGUCUGCAACCAAUGUGGAUUUAAUCCUAUGCCAAAUGUUAAGGAGGGGAAGGUGUGGUUAUGUCUCAACUGUCAGAUGAAAAAACCAGCAGAGCAACCAGAAAAGCCACCGCAGAGCCAAAAGACAGGACCUCAGAAACCACCUGAACAGAGAAAUCCAACUGAAAUCAAAAAGAGUAGUAUUACAUCGACUACACAAGAGGAGUCUGGAGCUUUCUUUGGAUUUGGCCGUUCCACACCUCCGUCAGAUUCUACUAAGCCUGGUGAAUCACGGGGUGGAAAAAUGUUUGGCUUUGGUUCCUCCAUCUUCAGUUCUGCUUCGACUUUAAUAAACUCAGCUGUCCAAGAUGAAUCCAAAAAGACACCACCAGUUUCUCCUAAGAUUCCUGUCUCAAAGGCUAGUGAAUCACCAUUUGUUCAGAAGCAGGAGCAGGAGAAGAAGCCUGUGCAAGUUCAAGAAGCCAAGACCUCUCCCCUAAUACAAGCCAAAGUAGAGAAAGAGCCAGCUUCACCAGCUCUUCCAAAGGCAGGCCAAUCUACCUGUCCACUCUGUAAGAUGAAACUCAACUUUGGCUCAAAGGAACCGCCAAACUACAGCAAAUGCACUGAAUGCAAGAACACUGUGUGUAACCAGUGUGGAUUCAAUCCAGUGCCAAAUGUGUCAGAGGUAAAGGAAUGGUUAUGUCUGAACUGUCAGAUGCAGAGAGCUCUUAGUGCAGCUGAACCCACAGGGCCUCCUGUGAAACAUCUCCAUGGAGAUAAAAAAAUGUCUCCAUCUGCUGUACAUCAGAAAGCAAUAGUUACUGAUCAAGUGGAAACUAAAAAGGAAAUAAAAUCAGAUGCAGCUCCUAAGAUGGAGACUCCAGGGGCUGACAUACUUCAAAAGACACAGUCCACAGCAGUAGCACCUUCAUCUAAGGAGGCUAAAGGACCCGAAAGUGAAAGACAUCCUAGCCCAACUCCUGGUGAGAAAAAGCCUCUUGAUAUUUCAGUUGCAUCAGGCCCUGAGAAACCAACUGACCAGGCAAGUCAACCUGGAUUAAAACAGAGUAAGGUUACCACAGUCACACAAGAGGAGUCUGGAAACCCACUAGGCUUGGGUGGUAAAAUCGUAACUGAUACUUCAAAAACAACAGAAUCCAUCAGUGGAAAGAUGUUUGGCUUUGGAUCUUCCAUUUUCAGCUCAGCAUCCACUUUGAUAUCAUCUGCAGUUCAAGACGAAUCACGGACCACACCACCAAGCUCUCGAAAAAUGUCUGCGCCAGCACAAGUCUCUCCGAAGAUGUCUGCUGCGUCCAAGAGUUCUCCAAAAAGUACACCAACAGUUUCUCCCAAGAUGUCACCAGCAAGGGAGCCCAAAACUCUUCCUCAGAAGCCAGAACAAAAGAAGAAACCAGAUGAAUCCCAUCAGAGCAAAGAUGAUAAAGCUCCACCACAAGUAGCAAAAGUGUCUCAUAUGGCUCCUAAUGCAGGCCAGACAACAUGUCCGCUGUGUAAGGCUGAGGUUAACAUAGGCUCCAAGGACCCACCUAACUAUAACACCUGCACUGAGUGCAAGAACAUUGUCUGCAACCAAUGUGGAUUUAAUCCCAUGCCAAUAGGAGAGGUAAAAGAGUGGCUGUGUCUUAAUUGUCAGAUGAAAAGAGCAGUAGGAGCUUCUGAGCUUACUGGACCUCCGUCACUAAAGUCACAAAUGUCACCCAAUAAAGUUUCUUUACCUGCUACAGUCCAGUUGAAGGAAUCUUCAAAAUUGACUACUCCUCAAACAAAGGACAGUCCAGACACAGCUGAACAAAAGCAAACCUCAGAAGCAGUCUCCCCACAAAGAAAACAAUCAACAGCAUCUGUGAAACAGGCUAGCCCAGCACCUGAACGUAAAACAUCAGAAGAAAAAGUGAAAACAGCUCCUGAAAAAGUCCCAGAUCAGGUAACCCAACCUGGACGUAAGCAAAGUAAUGCCACAGCAGCAACACAGCAAGAGUCGGGAGGCUUCUUUGGCUUUGCUGGUCCUAAGCCUCAACCUGAAGCUGCAAAGUCUGCAGAGUCAGUGAGUGGAAAAAUGUUAGGCUUUAGUUCUUCAAUCUUCAGUUCUGCCUCUACUUUGAUAACCUCAGCUGUUCGGGACCAGCCAAAAACUACUCCACCAGUUUCACCUAAGAUGUCUCCUGCAAGGGAAACCAAAUCUCCCACUGUAAAGAAACCAGAACAGGAGACGAAAUCUGAUCAACCAGAGCAGGUAAAGGGUCCACCAUCAAUCCAGUCAAAAGCAGAAGUGAUGAAGCCCCCUGCUUCCCAGAAGCUGGAGCAGCAGAAGUUAACUGAGCCAUCCCUGCAGACCAAAACACCAGCAUCAAGACAGGUGCCAUCAGAAACUGCAAAGGCAGCAGCUUCCCAAGCAGCUGUCAAGCCAGAUCAGUCUACCUGCCCACUCUGUAAGGUCAAACUUAACACUGGUUCCAAGGAUCUGCCCAACUACAAUACCUGCACUGAAUGCAAAAACACUGUGUGCAACCAGUGUGGAUUUAACCCUAUGCCAGACGGAACUGGGGCAAAGGAGUGGUUAUGUCUUACCUGCCAGAUGCAGCGGGCUCUAGGAGUAACAGAGCCUCCAUCAGUAAUUUCAGUGAACUCUCAGACACCUGCAAAACCCCAAAAGAAAGAUGUCACCAGCCCAGCUGAACCUGAAAAGAAGGUGUCAUCAGCACAGCAGUCACCUCAGAGGAAACUAUCCGUAACGGCACAGCCUGCUACAUCUGAGACUAAUGUCAAGUCAGAGGUUCACAAACAGGCCAGCCCGGUUUCUUCUCAGAAAAUACAACAGAAGCCCCAGAAAACAUCAGCUCCUAACAAAUCACCAGACCAAAUCAGGCAGCCUGAACGUAAGCUGAGUAAUGCCACUCCACCACCACCAAAAGAAUCGGGAGGCUUCCUUGGAUUUGGCAGUGGUAAAUCUCAACCUGAUGCUGAAAAGCAGGCAGAGUCUGUGACAGGGAAAAUGUUUGGCUUUGGUUCCUCUAUUUUCAGUUCUGCAUCCACUUUGAUUACCUCAGCUGUUCAGGACCAGCCUAAGACUCCACCAGUUUCUCCCAAGAUAUCCCCUGCAAAAGAGAUCAAAUCCCCUGCUACCAAGGAGAAAACCAAGGCUGAACAACCCCAGCUGAUCCAGACACAACCAUUAGUCUCAGCCAAAGUUGACAAGGCUCCAUCAGAACCUCCAAAAACAGGUGACGCCUCCCAAACCACCGUCAAACAAGGCCCGUCCACCUGUCCACUUUGUAAGGCUGGGCUCAACAUAGGGUCUAAGGAUCUGCCUAACUACAAUGUCUGUACUGAAUGCAAGAAAACUGUCUGUAACCAGUGUGGAUUUAACCCAACACCAAAUGAAACAGAGAUGAAGGAGUGGUUGUGUCUGACUUGCCAGAUGCAACGAGCCCUCACAGCAGCUGAAUCAGUACAGCCUCCACUGAUGAAACCUCAGGCAUCACCCAGCAAAGCAUCCACACCUGCGCAAAAAGAUGUCUCUGAGACUAAAACGAAAGAUAUUAUUCCCACACAAAAAACAGACGGAUUAGAGAAAAUUCAGAAAGAAAGUCCAAAACCAGAGGCUCCAGCAGAGAAAAUGGAUAUCAUACAUCGAACUCCAGACAUCGUUCCACCUGCAAAAGACACCCCAGCUACUGUUUCAGCUGAAGCAAAAGAGGAGAAAGUUAGUUCAUUGCCUGCCAAGGAUGUUCAAGCCAUCACUGCACCUCCAAGCGAAGAAAGACAACUGCCUUCCCAAGGUGCACCUGUUACCACUGAUGCUGAAACUUCAGCUAAGAAGAAAAGUGAUCUCACACCAAGUUUUCCUCUACCUAAAGAAGAUGCAGAAAAGGAAAAGGAUAAAGUUGAAACACUUCAGAAAACAGCUGAACAACUGAUUAUAUCCUCUGAUCAAUUACAGCAAAAACAACCCCUAAGCAAAGAAUCACACCAAGUUGUUGCUCAGAAACCACAACUGGAAGAGAAGCAACCUCAGCCAGUCAAGGCUCCUCUAUCAGAGCAGACAAUAGUGGGUAAAACCCCAAUAGAGUCUGCAAAACCAGAAGCUGCUCCCAAAGGGGCUCACUCUACUUGUCCACUUUGUAAAGCAGAUCUCAACAUGGACUCCAAAAAUGUUCCAAACUACAACACCUGCACUGACUGCAAGACCACUGUGUGCAACAAGUGUGGAUUUAGUCCUAUGCCAAAUGUAACAGAGGUAAAGGAAUGGCUAUGUCUCAACUGCCAGAUGCAGAGAGCACUUGGAGCCUCUGAACCUCCAGGCCUACCGAUGAUAAAACCACAACCUUCACCAAGCAAAGAGGUCCCUGUCAGCACACAGAAGACAGACAUCUUGACAGCUUCUCAGAAAGAUGUUUCUAAGCCAGAUGUACCCAAAGGUGACCUUGUUAGCAUUCCUGCAACCAAAGAAACUGUCUCCCCUGUCAAUAUUGACCUAACUAAGGAGGUUGCUCCAAAAGCUGCUUCACUGCCUGAUAAAACUAUUUCAUCCACUAUCAUAAAGACUGAUGUUUCGCAAAAGCCUUCUGCAGAGACUCCCAAGGGACAGCCAGGCACACCCCAGCAACAAACUCCAAAAAUUCAGCCUGCCGCUCCCCCUGAUUCAAAGACAGAAAAGGCACCCCUUCAACAGCCUCCAAAAGCUGCAGCUUCUUUAGCUAAGUCUCCUCUUCCAUCAGACCAAGAAGCAAGAAAGCCACCCCCACAACAGCCUCCAAAAGCUGCAGCUUCUUUAGCUAAGUCUCCUCUUCCAUCAGACCAAGAAGCAAGAAAGCCACCCCCACAACAGCCUCCAAAAGCUGCGACCCCUCCAGCUAAAUCUGCUCCAUCACCUGUUCAGCCUGCAAAACAGGAAUCAGGAGGCUUUUUUGGUUUUGGCAGUCCUAAAACACAGCCUGCUGCUGGAAAAUCUGCUGAGUCAGUGACAGGAAAGAUGUUUGGCUUUGGGUCAUCGUUCUUAAGCUCUGCAUCCAAUUUAAUAACAUCAGCUGUUCAAGAUGAGCCUAAAGCUACACCACCAACGCCACGUAAAAUGUCCACCACAGCCAGUGUCACUCCUAAAACUACACCACCAACACCACGUAAAAUGUCCACCACAGCCAGUGUCACUCCUAAAACUACACCACCAACACCACGUAAAAUCUCCACCACAGCCAGUGUCACUCCUAAAACUACACCACCAGCCUCUCCUAAAACAUUACCUGCAAAGGACACCAAACCACCGCCUGUCCAGAAAACGGAGGAGAAGAAAACAGAGAAACCACAGCAGGAUAAGACUCCUUCAACAGUUCAAGCCAAAGUGGACAAAGCUCCAUCAGAGCCCCCCAAGGUGCCAAUAGACACCCAAGGUGCUUCAAAAGCAGAUCAGUCUGUCUGCCCACUCUGUAAGGUGAAACUUACAGUGGGCUCCACAGAUCCUCGUAACUUCAACACUUGCACAGAAUGCAAGACAACUGUCUGCAAUCAGUGUGGCUUUAAUCCAGUACCAGAUGAUUCAAAGGUAAAGGAAUGGCUUUGUUUAAACUGCCAGAUGCAGAGAGCCCUUGGAGUAUCUGAAGCCAUUGAACCUACUGUAGUGAAACCCCAGCCCAUGCCAAGCAAGGUUUCUACACCUCCUCGCUCUGAACAGAAGGACAGACCGACAUUAGUCCAGAAGGAGAAACCUGCAGAGUAUGCAGAUGUCCGAAAAGAGGCUACUCAAAUAGUUCAACCCAAAAAAGAAAUUCUCAAAGGUGAGGCUCCAGUGCCAGCUGCAGUCCAAAGGAUGGACAAAGCACAGCAAGAUUCUGUGGAAAAGGCACAAGGACAUGCUCGGGAUGUGGCUAGCCAGCCAAAGCUUGUGGAAAAACCUCCGCAAGGACAGAUUUCACAACCUACAAAGCCAGAAGUAAAGUCAGGUCUUGCAAAACAAGAAGCUGGCAAACUACCACAACAGCCAUCAAAACCAUUGACCCAGUCUCCCAAGCCUGCCCCACCACCAGCUCAACCAGCGAAACAGGAGUCUGGUGGUUUCUUUGGCUUUGGUGCCCCUAAACCUACUGCUCCAAAGCCUGCUGAGUCAGUGACUGGGAAGAUGUUUGGUUUUGGUUCAUCAAUUUUAAGUUCUGCAUCUACAUUGAUAACCUCGGCAGUUCAGGAUGAACCUAAAGUUACACCACCUACUUCACGCAAGAUGUCCACUACAACAAGUGUCAGCCCUAAACCUACACCUCCGGUUUCUCCUAAGAUGCCCCUAGCAAAGGAUAGUAAACCACUGGCAACAAAGACAUCAGAGCCACUUCAACAGGCCAAAGCUACUCCAUUAGCACAGGACAAAGUGCUUCAGGUUGCUCCUAAAGAAGGUCUGUCAACCUGUCUGCUCUGUAAGGUCAAACUCAAUGUGGGAACGAAGGAGCCACCCAAUUACAACACCUGUACUGAAUGCAAGAACAUUGUCUGCAAUCUUUGUGGAUUUAACCCCAUGCCUCAUACAGCAGUAAAGGAAUGGCUGUGUUUAAACUGCCAAACUCAGAGGGCUUUGUCAGGACAGCUGGGAGACUCAGGAAAAAUGCCUCAACCUUCACCUGCACCUGCCAAGUCAGAGACCCAGGCCACACCAGUAACCACAAAGGCAGAGCCCAAAACCACCUCAACAAAGUCAGAGACCACAAAAUCACAACCCACUCCCGUGCCUGUUGAGACAGCACCAACAGUUUCAGCCAUAAAGGCAAAUUUAGAAUCAACAUCUGUCAAAAUGGAAACAACGCUUACAGCAGCGUCUACACAUAUUGAGGUUGAGACGACACCUUUAUCCACCAAAGAAGGGGUUUUAAAGCAACCUUUGACAGAGGUAACACCAACAAUUGACGUUCUAGAUACGUAUGUUACCAAGAAAGAAGAGGUACCAAAAACAGAUUUCAGCACGACAAAAUUACGCAAAACUGAAGAGUCUAAAACUGAUCUUCAUGAAGUUGAAUUUGAAGCAGGAGUAGCUGAACCUUCUUCAUUUCCAGUUCCUGAUGCUUCAGUUGUCUCUGCGCCCCCUGUCACUCCAGAGGUUGCAGUGGCUCAAGUUAUUCCAGAGGCUCAGACAAAACAAGACCUGUCUGUUGCAGAGAGGAUUAUUAAGGUGGUAGACACUGAUGAUCGCACCAUCCUGACAGACUCAUCAAAAUCUUUGCAGCAAAUUAUGGUGCAACCAGAGUCAAAAGAACAGCAGCAGGUGGUUAUGGAAGGAGAUGCAGUUACAGCAACUGACAGCAAAGAAUUUACUGAUGGCUCCGCUGAAAAAAUUACCAACAUCAUCUCAACCAUUAAGUCGCAACCAGUCUCUCCAAAAAGAAAAGAUGAAGAUGAAGACAAAGUAGAGUUCAGUAAGAGCCGAAAAGACUCUCUUUCCACUGCGGAGGUUCCUAUAGAUGUCCCUGUAACAGCUACUAAGCUCGAAUCCAAACCAGAGGGUCAUGAUGAGGAGCAACCUCAGAUUUUACCCAUAUUACAUGAAUUGAACGAUGAAAUAGUGAGUGGUGCAAGCAAAGAUGGUAGAGAUUCUUCUAUACCAGCAAAGGAGGAGAUUAAUGCUAAAAGAAGGCGCCUGAGUUUCCAAGCAAUGGAUGAGAGCAGUGAAAGUGAGCUCACACCCUCACCAUCACCUAAAGUCCAGAGGAGGAGACUAAAGGUGAGCAAUAUUUCAUCCAGCAGUGAGGACAUCAAAACUGAGAGUGCUGACUCCUCUGUGGAAGACGAAGAGUUCAUCCGCAAGCAGAUAAUGGGUAUGGGUGAUGAAGAAGAAAUGUCUGUAUCAGAUGAUGAGAAAGAAAAGAAUUUGGAGAAUGUACAAGCUAUAAAGGAUACUGACCUUGAUAAUACAUCGGUGACAGUCCAACCACUUUCUAGAAAAGGUAGCACAGAUAAUGAAGACAGCCCAGCCAGGAACACAGCAGUCCCAAAAACUGACAGCAUGACUGAUCAAAGUGUGCCUGAAACAUUGCCCAGAACUACUUUCAAGAAAGCAAUUCCAGUCAUGAGACAAAGACAAAGCACAGAUGAAGAAGUAGAAAGCAUCACAGAAUCUGUGUCAAAGGGUUCAUCUAGUGUUCAAGCAUCCAGCUUUACUCCAGAAUCUUCACCUACAUCAGCCUCCUCCCUGGAAGAGGAUAGUGAUAGCAGCCCUAGUCGCAGGAAACCCAGUGGAGACAAACAGUAUCGCAAAGGUAAGCACAGGCAACCAACUCAGCCUCUUCCUACCAUUGAAGACUCCUCUGAGGAAGAGAAGAUGGGGCCCCAUGGACAGCUACUGUCCCCACACAAAGAUUCUUCCUCCACAGAGGAUCUGAAAGAAGUCACAGUUAUAAAAGAAACUCAUAGAACAUCUGGCUCCGAGUAUUCUGCCAGUAUAGAAUCAGAAUCAGAGGCCACUCAAGCUGUACAGAGAGGACGUAAACCUUCACCAACAGUCAUACCAUAUACCCCUUCUGAUCCAUUUAUAGAAAAGGACAGUGUGACAAAAUCAUUAAAGAGUGCAGAAGAAGCAUAUGAGGAAAUUAUUCAGAAGACAAAAGCUAUUCCAGGAGACAGUCCACCUGAUAUUGAGCCACUCUAUGGGGGGAUGGCAAUAGAGGACUAUCUUUAUGAAUCCUUAGUUGAGGAACCUGAAAUUAAAAUGGGUGAAUCUCAGGAAGAACCCAAAAAUGAUACUGGCUCUGAUUCUCUCAAAAAACUCAGGUCUCCUGAGGAGGUUUAUGAGGAGAUGAUGCAAAAGAAGAGAGAGUUGAUGAUGAUAGAGCAUGAAUUUCAACAGGCACAAAAUGCCAUGGAAUCUUCUGCCUCAAGCGCUUCACAGUUCACUUCCCCUCCCUCAUUUGCUGAAACUUGUGUAGUGACUAUAGAAGAGACAUACCCAACUGAAAAACUUGAAAUGCUUCUUAUAGAAACCGAAACUUUAAGUGACAUGUCAGUAAAGAAAAAGAAGCGACCAGCCCCUCCACGCCCUUCUGAGCCCCCAAAGCGUCCUGACAUAACUGUUGUCCCUAGUACUCCUAGUGCGGCCAUAACUUUUGUUAGGCCUAUGAUUCAACAAGAUCCUGCAUUAAGGAAAGCAUUGUUCCCUAUACCAGACCUCAAGAUUACUCAGUGUUCAUCUGGGGAAGAAGAGGAUGACAGUUUUGCAGAUGACUAUGGCAUUGGUAUUUCCUCUGACAUUACUCCCAGUGAUGACUCUGAGACUAAAGGAGAACCAUGCAUAAGCCCAUCUUUGUCUGAAACUGUUGAGAUGGAUCCUAUAUGUGUAGUCUGUGAAAUUCCAGAGCCAAAACCUAUUCCAACUCCAAUAUCAGCUCCAGAACUGACUACAACACCUUCUCCUGUAUCACCAGUGUCACCUCCAACCUCACCAGCUAGUCCAGAUUCCAGUUUGGCCUCUAAUGCUACAUCUUCAUCUCCAUUCCAGGCUCAAACACCUCUUUCAUCAGAUUCAACUCCACUGUCUACACCAACACCUUCUGCUUCAUUUAAAACACAAUCACCUCCAGAGAUCUCCUCACCAGUGCCUGCCACAGAUGCAGGAGUACAAUCUAAUGAAAACUCAGUCUCUUCUUCUCCAGUCACAGUUAUAGUUACAAUACCAGAUGUUGUGUCUGAUCCAUCCAAAGCGCAAACAGCUACAGCCAUUCAAGUUCAGACUUCUACAGUGGAAGCCAUAACUACACCCCUAAUGGGGAUGUCUUCCAUUUCACCUGUUGUGGUACAAAUGCCAGACUUGGUUUCAUCUCCAUCUCAGGUGCCUGACAACAUUCCAGCUAUUUCACAGGUCUCAGCACCAAGUCCAGCACCUUCUGUUGUCUCCAUUCAUCCUACAACCCUAGUAGCAGCCCAACCUGUUGCAGUCUCGGCUCCAACAUCUCCCAUUCUUUCCACUUCUGUCACUCUAGUUUCAUGUCCUGAACCAGUCAUAGUACAGAUGCCUGACCUGGUUUCAACCACAGCUCCCAUACCAACACAUCCCCCAUUACCAGUCUCAGCACUUGUUACUACCCCAGCUCAAGCUGAAACUAAAGUGGUACACUCAGUCCCUGUACAAUCAGCCAUCCCAUCAGUGAGUCCAGUGGUAGUCCCACCUCUGGCUCAAACUGCCCAGAUGCCUUCAGCAGCAACAGCUUCAACUACUAUAGUCAAAAAGAAGGUCCCGCCUCCUCCUCCCCCUCGAUCUACUUCGGUAUCAUUACCUGAAACUAAUACAGAUGUUCCUUUUGUAAAACCUGUUGAGCAUGUCAUCCGGACUACAUCAGCUAUGGGAACCACAGCUGUUGGACAGCCAAUGCAAUCUGUUGUUGUGGAUAUCCAACCAAGAAUGGAAGCCAUGAAAUCAGAUGGUGGAGUUGUACCUCAGUUAGUAACACCAAAUAGACAGGGGCAUGUAGUUAUCAUUGUCCCCAGUGUAGAGAACAAAGCUUUGAUUGAACAAGCCAGAAACCAAGAUAUACCUAGCACAGGGCCAAUAUCUUACACUCCUUCUGCUCCAUAUGGUAGUCAGGUAGCCCCACAUUCUGCUUCAGAUGUGUGCAGUACAGAUACAUCUUCACUUCCUACUAAGGUGGCAACAGUGCAGGAAGUUGAAGCUCCACCCAUUUCACCUAAAGUUAUAGACACAGUAGAAGUACCCAUUUCUAGUCCAACACCUCCAUCCACUUUACCCAAACCAACUGUUCCAAAGCAAUUAGUUCCCACUCCAGUGACAACUGCUAAAGCAUAUUUCACACCAGUUUCUUCUGCAGCUUCUACUCCUAGUCAAACUACCAAGCCUCCUCCACCCAUACCACCUAAACCUGUAUCAAUUCCAGCUGGACUGGUUUUCAGUCAUAAACCAGGAGAGAGUGUUAAGCCACCUCCUCCUGUAGCUCCCAAAGCAGCAACACUCCCCAGGACAAAAGAACCUCCAAAGGCUCUAUCACUUAGCCUGACACGACCUGUGGAGUCUAAGUUGGGUGCAACAUCUCCUAAAUCACCUGUAUCUCCUAGACAUGCGAAAUGUUUACAAACCUAUGUAGUGAUAACGCUUCCAUCAGAACCUGGUUCACCAACAGAGUCCAUAACUGUCCAAGCACCUGUAAGAAGAGGGUCCAUCCCUUCCACAAAAGUGUCAGGAAUACGGACAACACCAUCAGAGCAGAAAGCACCCAUUGAAGUAUUCUCAGCACAGGCUACAGUAAGGAGAGCGUCAGUCCCUACUGUAAGGCAUCCACCUCCAACAUCUGUAGCUUCAGCUGUCCCUGAACAAAUGACAACUUCUGAGGUAGUAGUUUCUGAAGUCCAAGCUAAAACAGACACUAUGCCAUCUGUAGUGCAGCCAUCGCUUCCUGUAGUUGAUAUCGUAACAUUGCCAUCAGCUCAGGAAACUUCUGUCCAAGCACAUACUGUGCCUAUUCCAAUCAAGAAACCAUUUGUGCACCAAGAGCAAUCAAUGACUCCACCACUGUCACAACCUAAAACAAUGUCUGAGGUCAUCACAAUGUCUCCAGAGCCAAAAAUUCUUAUUCAUCCAGUCCAAGCCACAAUUGCAGAGAUCAUAACAAUUCCAUCAGAAAGUUUAAGUGAAGCACUGGUUCCUCAGGCUCCCAAACCAACGGUACCUGUCCAGCCAGAGCCUCUGAUUGAAGUUGUUUCUACUUCAUUGCAGCCUGGAAUAUCUUCUGACAAACCUGUAGCCCAAGAUAGACCAUCUGCAACUGUUUUUGAUGCACAAGCUGCAGCCCAAAUUGAAAUCCCAGAUACAGACGAGGAUGUACCUACUGAUGUCGUUGUUGCAGAAGCAAUUUCAUUAAGAUCACUAAUGCCAGGUGUUCAGCAAAUCCCUGUUGAACAUCCACUUACAGUAUCUGAAGCAAUGACUCAUUCGAAAGAUCAAGAAUUGGCCACAGGUUUUAACUAUAGCUGGACUAUUUCUGAACCCUCGCCUGUUCUACAAACUAUUCAACCUUCAGAAGUUCUGCCUGCAGUGACAGAACAUCUGCCUACUCAGCAACCACUUCUUGUAGCUGAAGGGGUUUCCCUCCCUACCAAGUCUGAUGUACCCACAGAAGUUAUUACAACUGAUGCAGCUGUUAGAAUACCAGAGAUAGCAAUGGUACAUCCAUUACCUCACCAUCUACCUGUGGUAAGUGAAGUUACCCCUGUUGAGUUAAUGCCAUUAACUAUAGACGAUAAGAAGAUAUCUCCUACAGCUGCUGAGGAAACACCAUCACCUCUUAUCAUGGAAGUUGAACACAUAGUUACACAUCCAAAUAUACCUCCUCAUAUAUAUAUUCCAAAGGUUUGUGAAGGAAUUACAUCCUCAGUUAUGACACAUUCAGUGCCACCACUGGCAUUGCAACCUCAAUUUGAGCCUCCUACACAAAUUAUAACUAAGGAUGCUGAUGUCAUAGCUUCUUCAAUAUCAUCAUCCAUGAUACAACCUCAGGCAGGGCCUGGAAUGCCAGUUAUUACAACUGAGGAAACCACCCAUAAGAGGAGGACAUCCAUAUCUUCUAUAGUACAGCCAACAUAUUCCACAACUGAAAGAUUUACCUGUUCUACAGAGUAUGAAAUUCCCAGACAAGUGGUUACAGCUGAAGCCUUUGCUGCCACCAGAAGAGAAUCCAUAACCAUGCAGCAACCAUACCAAUUAGCACAGGUAGUAAACCUGCCAGCUGAAAAAGAUAUUUCUAAUGAUGGUUAUGCUGUUCAGCUCCCCUACAGAAGAGAAUCUAUUCCAGAACACCAAUCACAUGCAUUGACUUAUUCAUCAGAAUAUGAUCACCCUGUGGAGCUAAUAACCACUGAGGAAUACACCGCGAGGACCUCACGGCCUACAGUGCAAGACAUUCCACAGAGUGUAUCUGCAGCUCCAGUCACCAUCACUAAAAUUCAGCAAGAGUCUAUUGAAAGCCAGGAGAUUAGAGGAGCAGAAAAGGUGGUCUCUAGUAUGAGCCAUAUGUAUUCAUCUUCAAUUUCCACCUCAGGCCAGCCACCUGAAAGCCUUCCUAGCCUAGUUACUCAAGUAGUUACCACUGAGGUCCAGAGGACCACUGUUUCUGUUGUCCAUGAAAGACUUCCACAGGUCCCUGCACCUAGUGUAGCAAUAACUAUACAACCAGACAUUGCUAAAGUCCAACCUGUGCCCAAACAGAAUGGUAAAAUAUAUCCUGGUGAUGUUAUUGAUUUACGUACAAUGAAGGUUGGUAUAAAGAUGACUGAGCAAGGUAUGGACCUGACUCCACCUGAAUCAUGUCGACAGUCUUUUUCAAGUGACUCUAGCGGCCGUCAAAUUACAGCAGUACAGCCGGAGAUAGUAAAUCUUAGUCCAGCAAUUAGCCCCGCAACCACACUGUCUGUUGUCACUGACAGCAUCACAAUUGUCACAUGCACAGCUACUAUUGCUUCAUAUAGCAACACUCCAGCAGAGAAACCGCUUGAUUUGCAAGGUCCCGUUACAUCAUUGCCACUGCCCCUCAUGACAUACAAACCAUUUGAGCCCUUAGCACAGAUUGUAUACAGACCUGUUAGCACCCAGCCCAUGGUGAGUGCUGUAGCAUCCACAGCUCAAGAUAUACCAAUUAAUCUUUCCUUUGAAGCUCUUGUGUCCUCUGGAGCAAAACAGCAAUUGACAUCAGUCCCCACAGUUCUCAGCAAUGGAGGGCCUGUCCUUUCUCUAGAGGCCACAGAGGCCAUGGAUCUGACAAACUACAAACCAAUGAGAGCUGUGGUAGCAUUGUCUGGUACAAGUCCAGGAGUGGUGACCACUGUUGUAGAGGAUGAUGGGACCCCAAUGGACCUUACAGCAGGAAGGCGGAGUGUGUGUUGUGAUGUAAUUUACAAGCUACCAUUCACGGGAUCAUGCAGAACACAGCCUCCAGUUACAAGCCAGCCUGACAACCGUUUUGGCUACAGAGAUGACCACUAUCAAUAUGAUAAUGCUGGACUGUAUAGUAUCAAAGGAACCAAUGGCAUAAAAGCAUCAGUGUCUGAAAUGAACUUGACAGAGGCAGGAUUGUUUUCCAUGGUUCCUAAAAGUGACUAUGACUACCUCAGUGGCUCUUCAGAUGGCGCUAUAGACCUCACUGCAGCUAAACUUUCUGCUGGUAAAGCACUAGACUACACUAGCAAAGCAACUGGAGUCUACCCUUUGAUGACUACUGCUCAAUACUCCCAGAUCCCUGCAGCUGGGUUUGGUGUAAAUAGUGCUCUAAGGACAUCAGAUGGAAUAGUUUACUCCUCUGUUGCUGCCCCAGUUCCAUCCACAUAUGCAAUUACGACUCAGCCAGGUUCUAUCUUUAGCACAACCUUAACACCCACAUCAAUAGUCCACAGCCAGCCAUUACCACACCCAUAUGGCUUUAUUCCCACUACAGACCCUGGACAGAUAAUUCCUUUUGACUCUGGGCUAUCUAAAGAUUUUCUACCUACAGCUUUGGCUGACAUCAUAACUGGCUAUCCAGAGAUGUACUCAGAUGCCACCCUGGAAGCUAUUGCUGCUUCUCUGGAUGCUCUAGCUUCUUCUCCAAUAUUCCCUGGCUUAGAUAACACCAAAAUGGCCCAGUAUCAGAUGGAGAGGGAAUUUCUAGAGCUAGAGAAGCUUAAGCAACUAUGUCUUGCAGAAGAGCUGGAAUGGGAAAGGCAAGAAAUCCAGCGAUAUCGAGAACAGGAACAGCUUAUGGUCCAAAGGGAGCUUGAGGAACUUCAGGCUCUGAAACAGCAGCUUCUCCUUCAGCAAGAAGAGGAGCAUCAUGCCCACAUGGUGGCUCAACAGGAGACCUAUGCACAGCAGAAAGAGCAGUUGCAGCAAAUUCAGCAACUCCAACUGCAACUCCAGCGGCAGCUAGACGAGCACUAUGGUAGUACUGGUCCCACUGGAAAUCUUCUAGAUGCUAAAUAUGCAGGCGUAGGAGACAGUGGCCAGUACUGGCCAGUCAGAGAUGAGUCUACAACUCCAGCUGGGACACACAUAGAGGAAAGUCAAGAUUUAGUAAAGCUUCAAGCUGAUCAGGACAUAGGGAAAAAAAUAAUUGAUAGUGGGGUGCAGACAGACGAUGAAGACUCAGCAGAGAAACAACACGUUGGAAGGAGAAAGAAAAAUAAAAGAAACAUUGAUAGCUCAGCUCAGACUGACGAUGAGGACCAAGAUGAAUGGGAUGCUCCAACAAAAGCUCGGCGACGCUCUCGAAAGCAUAGCAGUGAUGGAAAACAUGGCUCCAAGGUCUCUAGCAUUGCUAUCCAGACAGUGGCAGAGAUAUCUGUUCAGACUGAUCACUCUGGAACUAUCAAGCGACCUAAUGUCCAGAUGGACACAAAAGUAGAAAUCAUUAAACAUAUAUCAGCUCCAGAGAACUCUCAGAGAGGUGGAAGUCUGAGCUGUCAGACAGACUCAGACAGAAGACAUGCACCCACUGAGGUGGGCUACAGCACACACCUCUCAGCAGACAUCCCCGCUAAGUCCAAAACCUUCUAUACUGCAGUUUCCCCACUGUCCCCAGAAAAGUCACUUGGAGGACAGAGAAUGUUGACUGCAGACCCAACCAGAUUUUCUUCUGGUCCUCGGAUAUUGAAGGCUGGUCAAAAAUCUCUAUCUGACCCUAAGUCCCUUAGUCCUUCCACAGAAGACAGGAUGGGUGGAUACUAUGCAGACAGCUAUUCUAGCCGAGGCUCUCCCUCUAGUACAGGUAAGAAGGUAAAGAGAACACUACCAGAUCCCCCUCCUGAAGAUGACUCUCUCACAGGACGGUCAGGCUACAGCACCAACUCUGCUCGACGCCGUCUAGCACGUAGUACAACUAUGGCCCGGGCAAAGAUCCUGCAGGACAUUGACAAGGAGCUUGAUCUAGUGGAGAGAGAAUCUUCUAAACUUCGAAAGAAACAGGCUGAGUUAGAUGAAGAAGAAAAAGAGAUUGAUGCCAAGCUACGGUACUUGGAGAUGGGUAUCAACCGCCGUAAGGAGGCCUUGCUGAAAGAAAGAGAGAAGAGAGAAAGAGCCUAUCUUCAGGGUGUGGCAGAGGAGCGAGACUACAUGUCUGACAGUGAGGUCAGCAACAUCAGAGAGACCAGAGGUGAUGGUCUUGAGAGACCACGGACAGCUCCCCAGUCGGAAUUUGAGCAAUUCAUCCCCCCACAGACAGAAGCUGAUUCCCAGUACAACACACUGACUAGUCCCUACUCUCACUAUGGCCAGUAUGUUCCCCAGACCCAAACCACUAGCCACUACACCCAACAGAACCUGUAUCAGCAACAAUCACUUUACCACCAACAGGUGUCUCCUUACCCAACCAUGUCCCUCUCCCAUGCCCAGACUCAGCAAGGCAGCUACCAACAUGCUCUGCUCUUGCAGCAGGGGAAGCAGCGACAAACAAACCUGUCUGAUUUAGAGCCCAAAAUCACCACUAACUAUGAGGUGAUACGCAACCAGCCACUGCUCAUUGUGCCAACUUCCACAGAAAGCGGAUAUGGGGUGGCUCACCUAGGGGGAAAGUAUGGAAGCUUGGACUUGAGGUUAGGACUUGAGGAGAGGAGCAUGGCCUCUAGUCCCAUGUCGAGCAUUUCUGCUGAUUCCUUCUAUGCUGAUAUUGACCACCAUAAUGCCAGGAAUUAUGUGCUGAUAGAAGACAUAGGGGAGCUCACCAAGGCGUCAACAGGGCUGAGCAAUACUGGCUUGGGUUCUGGAUUCAACUUGCCUGAUAAGGAGAUGUCCAAGGCAGACAGACUCAGGCGCACAGCAGAGGUGGCAGAAUUUUUAGGCUCAUCUCGGCUUCAGAGUUAUGGUAAAGGAGAAGAUGAUACUAUGGAAGAACCUUAUGAGCUGAAGCUACUGAAGCAGCAGAUCAAGCAAGAAUUCCGACGAGGAACUGAGGGACUCGAACACUUGACUGGUCUGGGCUUACCACAAUAUCUCCCCAGUGACAGCAAUUUUCGCCAUUUCCCUAAAGGAGAGAAAUAUAGCAUUGGCAGGCUCACUCUUGAAAAACAGGCUGCAAAACAACUCCCAGCGGCUAUGCUUUACCAGAAACAGAUGAAGAACAAAAAGGCCCUUAUAGACCCUAAGGCCAUCACAAAAUUUUCCCCAAUUCAGGAGAGUAGGGACCUUGAGCCUGAAUAUGGUAGCUACAUGGGAUCUGGAGCGUCCUCUGUGUCCAGUCUGGCUGCUAGAGCUAGGCUACUUCAGGAUGAGAUUACAUUUGGGCUAAGAAAAAACUUGUCUGAGCAACAAAAAUAUUUAGGCUCCUCCUUGGGGGCCAACCUGUCUGGUUCUCUUAAUCUUGGUCAGUCUCUUGGACUUGGCUCUACUAUCAGGGCAACUGCCCAUGAUGAUGGCACCUACCCAAGUGGUACCCGUUCUCGCCCCUCCUCCCGACCCUCUUCAGUCUAUGGUUUGGAUCUAUCUAUUAAACGGGAUCUGUCCAGUUCUUCACUAAGACUUAAAUCAGAGGGAGAGGUUCUGGAUGCAGCGUUUGCCCCUGGGGUGGCCAGAGCAAAACCCACUAGUUUACCUAUAAGCCAAAGCCGUGGACGCAUCCCCAUUGUUGCUCAGAACUCAGAGGAGGAAAGUCCUCUGAGUCCAGUGGGGCAACCAAUGGGUAUGGCUAGAGCUUCAGCUGGUCCUCUCCCUCCAAUUUCUGCUGACUCCAGGGACCAAUUUGGGUCAAGCCAUUCCCUCCCAGAGGUACAGCAACAUAUGAGAGAGGAAUCUCGGACUCGUGGCUAUGAUCGAGACAUCGCAUUCAUCAUGGAUGACUUGCAAGGUGCCAUGUCUGACAGUGAAGCACAAAGUGAGUCCAUGUUGGCUUUGAACAGAGAUGAUGCCAGAAUCUUUCAUGAAAGUAUCAGACACGCUGGAGGCCCAAACUGGAAUAUAGAAGCCUACCACCUGAGAAGAGAGGACACAGACUGGUUUGAUAAGCCAAGAGAAGGGCAUCCUCAGAGCGGGAGUGUGUCAGACAGGAGACAGAUGAAACUUGUGCCUUAUGCCUUCCCUCACACUCGCAUCAAGCUUAACAGAGACAUGAAGGACCCCAGUGUGUCAGGGAAUGGACUUGGCAUUCGUGUGGUAGGUGGUAAGGAGAUUCCAGGGAGUCGUGGAGAGAUCGGAGCGUACAUUGCCAAGGUCAUCCCUGGUGGGGUGGCAGAACAAACGGGGAAAGUUGUGGAGGGAAUGCAGGUGUUGGAGUGGAACGGAGUCCCUCUAACGGGAAAGACUUAUGAGGAAGUGCAGUCUAUUAUGGGCCAGACAUGUGCAGAGGCGGAGCUUUGUGUGAGACUCGACCUAAAUAUGCUGUCUGACCCUGAGCACCCACAAGCCCUGGAGCACCAUGUCCAGCUUAAGGCUGGUGGACAGCGUUCCCCCGGUGUGGAUCCUAAGCAGUUAGCUGCAGAACUGCAGAAAGUGUCCCAGCAGCAGGCACCUGGUAUGGCUGGUGUAGGAGCUGGGGGCUUGGCGGUCCUGUCUGCAUUAGAGCGCUCUGCCCUCCUCCACUCUGGUACUGGAUCAGCUGCCUCCAGUGGGGUGCCAAGCCCUGGCCAGCCUGCAUCCCCUGCAAUAAGCAAGAAGCAGCGACACAAGCAAACAGAGGUGAUGAAGACGCCUCAUCCCAUCACAGGAGAAAUUCAGCUCCAGAUCAACUAUGACAGAAAUCUAGGAAAUCUUAUUGUCCACGUCCUGCAAGCUAGAAACCUGGCCCCAAGGGAUAAUGAUGGCUACUCUGACCCUUUUGUGAAGGUCUACCUUUUACCUGGGAGAGGCCAAGUCAUGGUUGUCCAGAAUGCAAGUGCUGAUAACAAGAGAAGGACCAAGUAUGCCCAGAAGACCAUGAACCCAGAAUGGAAUCAGACUGUCAUCUACAAGAACAUUCAUCUGGAGCAGCUGAAGAAAAAAACGCUGGAGGUGACAGUGUGGGACUAUGACAGGUCCUCCUCCAAUGACUUUCUUGGAGAAGUACUGAUUGACUUGUCAAAUACCUCCCAGCUGGACAACACUCCUCGCUGGCUGCCUUUGAAAGAGCAGAGUGAAAGCAUUGAACACAGCAGAGCCCACCAUGCUGCCCAAGGUCCGUCAGGGUCUGGGUCAAGUCAGGGACAUGGCCAGGGCCACAUUUCAGGUUCUGCACAGGGGCAUGGAAUGGGUCAGGGUCUAGCACCAGGGCAGGGAGAUGGGAGUCAUGAUUCACCUAAAAACUCUGUAAUCAAGAGCAGAAGCCAUGGAAUCUUUCCUGAUCCAGCUAAAGACAUGCAAAUGAUGCCUUUGGAAAAGUCACACAGUAGCCCAGGCAGUUCCAAGUCUUCCUCCGAUGGCCAACUGCGUUCCCAUGGCCCCUCCCGAAGCCAAAGCAAGAGCAGUGUGACUCAGGCCCACCUUGAGGAUGCUGGAAUAGCAAUUGCUGCUGCUGAAGCUGCCGUGCAACAAUCCUGCCUGCAACCAAGACCAGGACACCGGCUGAGUGAUGUUUCAGGGUCAGUGGUACUAUCUGCCCCGAGCCUGGUUGGAGACGCUUAUGGAGGUCUGGAUAGUGAAGAUGGAGCAGGCACAGGAGUGGACAGUGCCAUUUUUCAAGUGCCACGGAUCGGUAAGACUAUUCCUAAUGGCACAGACAAAAACCAACUUGAGACUGCAGAAAAUGAAGCUGGUAAAACACAAGUAAUGGGGGAGAUCAAGGUUGCUCUCAAGAAGGAGGUGAAAACAGAAGGGGACCAACUGGUCUUGGAGAUCCUUCAGUGCAGAAACAUCACUUACAAGUUCAAAAGCCCAGACCACCUACCAGAUCUGUAUGUGAAGUUGUAUGUGGUGAAUGUGGCCACCCAGAAGAGGAUCAUUAAGAAGAAGACGAGAAUUUGUCGACAUGAUAGAGAGCCUUCUUUCAAUGAGACCUUCAGAUUCCCCCUAAACCCAACUGGACACUCAAUACAGCUUUUCUUGGUGUCUAAUGGAGGGAAGUUCAUGAAGAAAACCUUGAUAGGUGAAGCCUACAUCUGGCUUGACAAGGUGGACAUGAGGAAGAGAGUGGUCAGCUGGCACAAGCUGUUCGUCAGUUCCACUCAGACCAACCCCUGAACACCACACCAAAAAGAUCCAGAUGCAGCAGAUCAGCCAACACUAAAUGCAAAGUGCAUAGUUCAGAGAUGUGACAAAAAAUGAAUAAGAGAAUGAGAAUAAGAGCAAAGAAAAGAGAUUCCUUUAAUUUGUUGCUUCAGUUUAUAAAUCAUAAAAGAAAGGUUUAUUAUGUGCUACUAACAUUGCAAUUAUAUCAGUCCAACACUGCCAGCACAUAUCCACCUCCUCCCAUUUCAAGUCUCUGCUGGUUUUGGAUUUAACAUGCAAACAUAAAAAGCUGGCACUGAUAGACACUCAGCAGCAAUAUGGCUUUGAGGGCAGUGACGUCUUUCUUACCACAGUUCUAUUUCCAUAAUCCACAUGAGAUGCCGAGAUGUGAUUCUGCACUACCGAACAAACAUAUCUAACAAAGGGAAAGAUGAAAAAUAGAAUCAUGGAAUUAAUUUUAUUUCCUUCAUAUGAGAGACGUGGUUGUGCUAUGAUCGUGACGUGUGUGGAAUUAAGUGGUCUUGGAAUAUUAACUGAUGAAGAAAUGCAUACAUUUUUUGUACAAUAUUCUUUCAGUUUCAUUGAAAAAGAAAAAAAAAAACACAAUAAAGAGCUUAUGUAGGCCUGAGUCAGACAGUUGACCUUUGCUGUGGGAUGAAGAUUAAAUGUACAGCACUUCUGAUUGUAGAUAUCCCACAUGCAAAUAUAAGAGCAUAUCAGAGAAUCACAUUGUACAGUGUGACGUUUAUAUAGUAUACACAGAUAUCAGAUGCAGAAUAUAUCUAAAUAUAAAAUACAGUAUAAGAGUUGUUCUCUAGUCACUAGAUUAUAUAUAUAAAUAUAUAUAAUAUGGUACAGAUACACAGACUUUGUUAGAUUGAGGCUGUGAGUGGCGCACUGACAAUCCAGUAAUCUAUGGUGUAGGCAGUCACAAUAACUAUUAUGUGAAUGUGGACCUAUGUGAGCUCAAGGAUGUUAAUAAUCAUGUUCAGUAGCUCCCUUGGUUCUCUGAUCACACUAAUGCACCACUAUAUCGAACAGGGCUGUGACAGAAUAAAAAUAAAAUCCAAGGUCAAUGACAACCUCUAGUGGCAGGUUACUAUUUUACUAGCAUGAUAUUGUUAGGAAAGAUUAGAAUUAAAAUUAAAAUUAACAAUGAACAGCAUCUGCUGUGUUGAAUGUUACAACUGUGGAAGGUGAGUUUCACACAUCCGUCUCAAGUGUACAACAUUUUGCUUUAAGAUUGUUGUAGUGGCUCAGAUUUUGCUAAUAUUUCUUUCUGUGUAGUCCAUCGUCAGACAUGUAAUUCAUACAAGAUGUGUCAAAAACCUCUGUAGAUCUGCAACUGUCAUUACCUCAGUAUGACAGCCCUGCUGUCUCUGUGUUAGUAAGUCCCUCUGGUCUGAGUUUUCUCUGAAAAUUAUUUCAAAAGGAAGAAAAAAAAUGCUUUACCAUUCAAAUGUCAAGGUUCUUUUGUGUGUCUGGCUGUACUGUAAAACACUUAACUAUUUUGUGUCAGUGACUCCCAUUACAACACAUUGAACCAGCCUCUUUCACUGCCUGCAACCAAAACACUCAGGCCCACUGGCGUACAGUGAUGUAUAGGAUCAAAUGAAAGCAUGGGGCCUAGUCUCAGUACUAAGGUGUGAGUAGGUGACCCAUGUAUUUAUCUGUAUUCGUCUUACAAUGUUUUGUCACCUUUACCUGUACAGAAUGAAAAAUUGACCCUCAGAACUACUGUCAGUGUGUUUAGGCACAUCACAGAGCCAAUGCAACUAUUUAGAAUAUAUCACUGGAGGCUACAAACAUACUUAGAGCAAGAUGUCACUUAUCGCCUAUAUUAAUUGCAAAGUAAAAAAAAAAAAAACAAGCAAACAAAAAAGAGUACAGUGAGGGAGAAAACAAGGUUAAUUUUUCAAUGCUGACAAUUAUUUUGUUGUGCCAACCGUGAUUUAUGUUUAAAUUCUUAACAAUUAUAUUUCUUUUUUACAUUCCAGAUCCAUUGUUUCAUUUGAAGUAAUUCUAUGCAACAUAUACGUUUGAAUGCAUUUGUGUUUUUGAAAUUAAAAUGUUUUAUCUGUGAACAUAUGUUCUUAAAAUAUGUAAGAAAAUAACUUUAAUUUGUACAUCGAUGAAAGAAAAUAUGAAAUACUCUGAUUUUUUUACUGAUUUUAAUAUAUAUUGAUGUUAACGGCUGUUAACAUCUACAUGGAUCUUGUGCACUUUAUUAUUGCGUUGUCUCAUUUGUUCCAUCAUGACAUCCGGGAUUACGUGUUUUGUGUUUAUGCACUGAAAUGAACUGAGUCAUGGUGUAUGUGAUGGCAGGAAAUAUUGUGGUGUGCAUUUUGUAUCUAUGUGGAAAAAGAAAAAACAUGCAGACACACUGGGGUUCCUAAACGUAAUGCACAAUCUGGGGGGGAUAAAUAUCACUCUAAACUGCAUCAUGCUCUCAGUGUACUUAAAAAGUUUGUGUACACAGUACAGUAAAUUAGACAUAUUAUCUCAAUGCUCAGCCUUGACUGUUCAACCCCUGUGUUUCAUUAGACUUCACCCAAGCUAAAUACUGUUUGUUUAGAUCAGCUGUUGCCUGUAAUCGUGAAUCCAUUCAUUUGUUGUUGUUCUGAGGGGUGUGAAUGUGACUCAAGUUGUUUGACAUGUGUACAUAAAGUGUUUAUUUUCUACAAAGAUUGAAUGUUUAUAUUGUCCAAAGUUUGAGCAUGUGAGUGUUGAAAAAAAAUCACAAAAGACAUAUAAUUGUACAGCAAUUCAUGUCUAUAGCUGUAAAAGGGGAGUUGACUGUGUAAUCAAAACCUGUGCUGUCAACCAAUGACUAUGUGUGCAACUACGUCCCGUAAACUGCUGAAACAACACAAAGGGAAAAAAAAAUCUACUCAACUUCAAUAGUUGUCUGAAACUUUAUGUUUUGGAUGUUGCAUGUUUUGUUGAUGGUUUGUCGGUAUAUUUUGCCUAAAGAUUACGUUUAAAAAGAGAGAGAAUAUGUAUAGAUUUAUCUGUAUGCUGAGUGUAAAGAAAUAUGCUUGUAAAAUUGUCUUGUUUUUCACUCAGUGUAAAAACAAAGCAUAUACUGUUAUGGUUUUGUGGUUGUACACAGGAUGUGUUGAGAUAUGCAAAUCGUGCUGUAAAAAAAAUCAGCGUUUCCCCUGAGUCUAAAAGAAUAAAUAUUAAGAAGAGUUAUAUUGCA